AUGUUUAGAACUACUUUAUUAAAAUCAUUAAGAGCUUCAGUAUCAAAACCUUCAAUCGUGAAAACCAUUCAAUCAUCAUCAAGAUCAUUAUUCACCAUCACCACCAUCACUAACAACAAAAAUGUCACUCCUUUGACUUCAUCAAUGAACUUUAUUCGUUGUUAUAGUGCCUUCCCAGAAUUAACUAGAGAUAUUGCUAAAGAAAGAAUUAUUGAAUUAUUAGAAGGUUAUGAUAAAGUAGAUCAAUCUAAAGGUGAAAUCACUGAACAAAGCUCAUUUACUUCUGAUUUAGGUUUGGAUUCUUUAGAUGUUGUUGAAGUGAUUAUGGAAUUAGAACAUGAAUUUAAUAUUCAAAUCCCUGAUAAUGAAGCCGAUAGUUUAAAAACUGUUGGUCAAACUAUUGAUUAUAUUUUAGCUCAACCAGAUUCUUGUUAA